CCCCCCCCAUUUUAAAAUUUGUGGCCCCCGUGUGAGUACCGAGACCAGAGGGCAGACCACACAGACAGACGCUACCUUUCCGCCGAUCGAGUGCGGCGCAUUCACACAGACAGGCUUCCUUGGAAUGGCUGCUGUCGAGCCACCCUCCGCGGGCACGAUGUGUCUGAUUUGUCAACAUCAGUGUCUGCAAUCGGUGGCUCUGGGCUCGGCACCCACUGGGAAGUGUUUGCCCUCGAUAACUCUGCGCUCGGCGGCCCGCCUGUGCUGACAAUGAAUGGCUGCCUGUAGAGAGAGAGAGAGCGAGCGAAGAGAGAGAAAGCCUCCGACUCUUCCAUUGAAACCGUUUCCAGCAGCCUUCACCGAGGGGACACUGUGGUGCUGGGCAUUCCGCCAUGGCUCAGACGCUGCAGAUGGAGAUUCCCAACUUCGGCAACAACAUCUUGGAGUGUCUGAAUGAACAGCGUCUACAGGGGCUUUACUGUGACGUGUCGGUGGUUGUGAAAGGCCAUGCUUUCAAAGCGCAUCGUGCCGUGCUGGCUGCUAGUAGUUCCUAUUUUCGGGACCUUUUCAACAAUGGCAGCAAGAGUGCCGUAGUGGAAUUGCCUGCAGCCGUGCAGCCCCAGAGCUUCCAGCAGAUUUUGUCAUUCUGCUACACUGGCCGCCUUAGUAUGAAUGUAGGAGAUCAGUUUCUGCUCAUGUACACUGCCGGUUUUUUGCAGAUUCAGCAAAUCAUGGAGAAAGGGACAGAGUUCUUUCUGAAGGUUAGCUCGCCGAGCUGCGACUCACAGGGUCUUCAUGCGGAGGAGACCCCACCAUCUGAACCCCAAAGCCCUGUUACUCAGACGUCGACGAGUGGCAGCUCAGGGCGUCCCACAUCCUGCCACACGCCUCUGCCUUUAGUUUCUCGUGUCAAGACAGAGCAACAGGAGUCAUCCUCUGAUUCGGUAGUCUGCACCCCUGUGGCCAAAAGGCUUUGGGAGGGGAGCAAUCGUGAAUCGGGGGGAGCCGGAGGUGGUGGCAGCAUGAGAAAGGCAGCUCGUUUUUCCCAGGAGGCUAGCCGGGGUGGGCCGCAACAACAGCAGCAGCAAGGAGUGGUGGCAGCAGUUCCGAACAACACCACUAACAGUGCCUCAGAGAGGACCAGUCCAGGAACCUCGAGUGCCUACACUAGUGAUUCUCCAAACUCUUAUCACGAUGAAGAUGAGGAAGAGGAGACUGGAGAGGAGGGAACCGAGGAGCAGUACAGGCAAAUCUGUAAUAUGUACACAAUGUACAGCAUGCUGAAUGUGGGACAAGCAGCAGGUGAACGAGUUGAUGCUUUACCUGAUCAUAUGACAUCAGAUACUAGGAACAGGAUGCGGGUUCGACAGGAUCUGGCCUCCUUGCCUGCUGAGCUCAUUACUCAGAUUGGGAAUCGUUGUCAUCCCAAACUGUACGAGGAGGGAGAUCCAGCAGAAAAACUGGAGCUCGUCACUGGUACAAGUGUGUUCAUCACAAGAGCUCAACUGAUGAACUGCCAUGUCAGUGCUGGGACGAGGCACAAAGUCCUGUUACGGAGGUUAUUAGCUUCAUUCUUCGAUAGGAACACUUUGGCAAAUAGCUGCGGAACAGGCAUCCGCUCUUCCACAAAUGAUCCAAGUCGGAAACCUUUGGACAGCCGAGUGCUGCACGCUGUCAAAUUCUACUGUCAGAAUUUUGCACCAAGCUUCAAGGAGAGCGAGAUGAACGCGAUUGCGGCUGACAUGUGCACCAAUGCUCGACGUGUCGUGCGGAAGAGCUGGAUCCCAAAACUGAAGAUGUUAAUGGCCGAGGGGGAGCAGUACUCCAACUUCCUGCCCGAUCCCGUCAAAAUGGACGCGGAAGUGAUGAGUGCAGAGCACGGCUUUGAGACGAGCAGCCACGAUGGAGAAGCAGGAACCUCAAAUGAGGCACUGCAGUGAGCAGGAAUGGGGUGGGUGGGGGAUGACGGGCGUCGUGGCGAAGAGUCCUACACUUUGUUUUAGUAAGUGAAUAGGAGAAGCAUUCCCCCUCGCCAACCACCCCCCCCCACACCCAGACUCGCCGUCUGUCACCCUGAUUUUCGGCUACCUUCCACAGGUCUGCGCUUCAGUCUGAGACCACCCUGUAUAGUUUUGGGACUAUGGGCUCCUGAGAGCUUUCGAGGCUCCUUGAUUUGCAUCACCCUACUACUUCUGCUGAUGAACUGAAAGCUCAUAGGCUUAGACAGACUGUUAGUAUUCUGACUCUGAAGUAGACAUUGGCAGGGGCUUUAAAGAGAUUAAUCUACCUUCUAACGCCAUUGAAACAUCUCCUGUCAUCGCUCAUGCUAGUGAAGCGUUUCUGCUUUUUUCCCCACCCUGCACAUAGCUGAGCUUCUUUGUUUGCUUGUGGUAUGGUUUAAUAUGACUGCCAGCAGUCCAGUUGCAGAUCAUCCUUUUAUUUUUAUUUUUUUUUGUUUUUUUGGGAUGGCUAGACAUAACAAAAUUUAAUCAUACAUUCCCCGCAAUUUUCGUCAGAAGUAUUCUGAUUUCCAAUAGUGCCUACCGCCUGUCGCUGGAUGUUAUUUUUCUAUUCUAGCUGCACAUUAUUUAUUUGUUUGAUAGAUGAAUAACGGCUGCCAUUAGGUGCAAUAAUGCUGCUUGAUAAUUGGAGUCAUUUCAGUACUGUCCCACUGAAUUUUAAAGGGGGAGGGGGGGGUGCGGGUGGGAAAGGGGAGUGACGUGACCGUGUCCUGCAGAGAGACGACCACAACCACACUCCAUCACUUACCCUGCGUGGGUAGGGCAGCCACAGUCUGCUUUUGGUACAAAUUAAUAAAGAAAAGGGGUCUCCCCGGCGGUGUGUUAGCCGAACGGACAAUCUCGGUGUGGAAGUCGUUGGCGGCCAAUGUCGGUCAUCGGGCUCGAAGGACAAUAUCUUUAUCAGGAGUCUGUUGCAGUAAUAAAGCACUCGACAUAUCGUUUGUCUCCGGAGGGGGACAGGAGAGUGGAACCCCAUUCACGUUUUUUUGAAUGUAUUCGCUGUAACGCAAGGCUAUUGUUGGCAUUUUGUUUAUGGAUAAACCCAACACUAUUUCACUCGCAAAAUGCUGCAUUCUUGUAUGCGUCGGACUCUCCUGUCCUUGAGGUGUUUAAUCAACCAUAGCCUCGCCCUGACUGAGGGGGGCUUACUCUUCCUGACCAACACUCCUUUCACGCGGCCACGUGAAGUAACCACACUCCCCGCAGAGUUUUAGCGACCAUUUCUAGUAUUUCUCUAGAUUAUUCCUUAGUUUUAAGAUUCAAAUCUCUACAUUAGGAGUAAAAUUAAAUUACAAGUUUUUUAAAUUUAUAUUCGCACUAUAAUGUGUGGAUUUUUUUUUUUCCGUUUAAUUCUACUUUCAAGUGCUAUCACUGUAAAAACAUUAAAUACAAUGAUUUUUUUUUUUUUUUUGAACAGGCUGCUGUUUAAUUUGACACGUCAUCCCCUCGGCCCACACAACAUUCCUGUGGCAGCACCCCAUGUUGAAAUUACCUGGCAUUCUUGAGUCAGCCAUACAGGGCCUUUUUAACAAAUGUAAAAGUUGACAUGGUGCCAGCUGCAGUCAAGUGAGUGUUAUUUAUUGUUACAUUUACUAAGUGAUGAUGUGGAUGCUAAUUUAAUGAGGAAAAUGCAGCAUCCCACAAUGCCCUGAAAGUGUUCAUUUGCUAGAAUAUUGCUGAGAUUCUCACAGUCAGUGAGGAAUGUAGUGCUGAAUCAUGAACGUUAGGCCGGUUAGCCGAGAACGAAUCAUACGAUACGCCCAAGUUUCCAUUACAAAGUGACAAGUGAUGCUUUUUGUGCCUACAUAUCGGUCUAUUUAUAGUAUGGCAUGGCAAGUUCCAUUUACUUUUAAGGUGCAUUAACCAAAUAUUCCAUGACAUGCUCUGGAGGCUAUCAUUUUAAUUUUUUUUUCUAAUUUUUUAAUGUUUUUGUUUUUUUUUUUAAUAAGCAAGGCAUUAGCAAUAGCAAGUCUUGUUCUUGGCAACAGUUCUGUAAAUCUGUUAGUGUACAAGACCACUGAGGGAUACAGGGUGCCCAGGAAAGAAAGGAUGAGUUUGACUAUACCAUCUGUACACGUCCUGGUUAAGACAUGAAACCCCUUCAAACCUCAGUGUGCCCGCCGAGAGCGAUAAUCUGUCAUUGGUUUACAUAUUUUGUGUGUGUGUGUGUAUGAUAUUGUACUAAAAAUGCAUUCACCCCCCAUGCACAUACACACAUAUUUUAUAGUUUCUUGGAGAUUUAGGAGUGGGAACAUCUUUGGCUGGCAGAAUUUCCCACAUUCUUUAAGUGAAACCUGCUCAGAAGAAGAAUAACCCUGAGUGGGAGGUCCGAGUCCACCAGUAUGUUAGAAACAAAGACAUCCAUCAAUGUUCAAGGUGGUCUGCCAGCCCUCAUCCUCCAAAGAAGUGUGAUAGCUCGCACAAAUCCCUCUUGUUUUUAACUUUUGUCGUAACUACUCGUUACUGUCGUUCCCAUGGGAUGUUUAAAAGUCUGGUCACGUUCUUCUCUCGUUUUGUUUUGUACGCCACCCACCGUCUGUUCAGGAGGCUUGUAACUACUAAAUCGUGAGUGCCGUCAACAACCCGGGGGCCUUUUGCGUUGGGGAGAUCUGUGUUCGUGAAUCACAGGUGUGCCUGGGAAUCGUUGCAAUUACGUUGAAUGCAUCUCGUUUUGGGGGUGCUUAAAAUUGACAGAUGUGUGGGAAUGCUUAUAUUUUUUUUAUUUAUUUAUUAUUAUUAUUUUUUUUUUUUUUUAGUAUAACCAAUUGAUAUUUUGAAUGUCAUCACUUAACUAACCUUUUUGCUUGCCCAGAUUUGCCUCUCUGUACUGUGCAUGUGUACUUUUCAACGUCUUUGUUUCGUGAUUUCAACGCAGUGUUCGUAGAUUUUGUGAUUCUUUCCUUGUUCUCUGUGUUGAUUGAUUUUAUCUAUACAUAUAUAUUUUGAUUUUUUCUUUUUUGUUUCCUGUUUUUAGACAAACAUUUGCACACUUUGAAAUUUGCGUAUUUGCUGCCUUAUUGCGAGAGUUUGUACCUGCAAGUCUGCGGCUUUCGCCGUCCCUUGGACAGAUAGCUGGCUAGGGCGAAUGACACAGUUGAUGGUUUGGUUAACGUUAAGGAGUGCAUUGUGUGGGAUGAGUGAGUGUGUGUGUGUGUAUGAUUGGGUUUACAUGUCCUUGAACACUGGCUUCCACAAGUACUUGGGACAGUUUAGAGAGCGUCAUAGUUGAUUUUUUUUGUUUCCUUCUUCCCCUCAAGCUCUUUGAACUCUACAGUUUGAAUCAAGUCCGAAUGUAAAUAACGCUGGGUGAGUUUUAGUCUACUCAGAUGUAAAUAUUAGUGAGGCUUGUUUAGGUUUUUCUUUUAUAUAAAUAUAUAUAUUUCCUUUUUUUUAAGAGUGUAAAAGUCUGCUAUUAUUGCACUGUAAUGAACAGCUAUUCCCAUCCCAUAUUGACACAAUUUUCAAAUCUGAAAUUAGUACCAGGUAGUGAGAAAGUAUCUUUAUCGCAUCGCGGUCUGACUAUAAGCCAACUGUCUGAUUGCAGACAUAUCGCUGAGAGAAAGAUUGGCUGAUCAUCAGACAGGAAAGUAAAGGGAUAUUUCCUUAGUAUGUAUUAUUAUUCUUGUCGUCGUUAUUUUUUAAGCACACUAGUGUCUGUAAAUAUUUCAGUCUCCGUUUUGGCUGAGGCCUUUACAGAAAAGGAAUAAAAAGAGGCCAUUAAGGUCUGCGAAAGAAAUUUAGGAAGCCAAAAGGGUUGAUUUUUAAAUUUUUUUUUUGAUUUACCCCCCUCGUGUGGGAGAGCGCCUGACAAGUGCCAGUUGAGAGGUACUGUAAGCUGAGCAUCUUUAGUUGCCUUAAAAAAAAAAAAAAAUCUGUGCUGAACUGGAUUGUGAGAGAAGAAUCAGCCAAGCACAUUAAGCAAAAUAUAUCGUAAAUGACGGAACACGAGAAGAGGAGAAUGUUGACGCCCUGCUGAAUCGUCCGUCGUCUUAUUUAUAAGACGCUAUUCAGGAUAGUUGUCUUGAUGGCAUUAGUCAUUAUGUGUCUAAAAUUAGAAAUUACGUUUUUAAUUGUCUUUUUUUCGUACUGUUGCUGGUAAUAUUAUGGUCCUAUAUUUCAAAAAAAGAGAGAUUCCGGCAAUCCCUGACUGUUUUUGGAUGUACACUGUUUUUAUUGAAGAAAAAACUAAAAAAGUUGAAGUGUUCCUCCAGUAGAGCUGAUUGUUGAUGCUUUUCACAACAGUGUCGAAUGGUGGAUUUGUUAUUGUAUUUUUAUUAUAUGAGUGAGGUGCAGGAGGGCUCUGGGUAUGCACUCAGGGUGGAUGUCGCUAGUAAAGCACAUCAGCAGAUCACCUUUGUCGAGUUGAUAUUUCCUUGUGGCUUCAUAUCAGUAAACCAAAGUGGUGUGAGUGACGACUCUGCCUUUCUUAUUCCCAUAUGAAGACUUGUCGGAGAACUCGCGGCAUUUGAUAAGGCAGAUCCAGGGGACUUAUUACUAAUUUAUGUUUUAUCACAGGAAGUCCCCUGAUUUUAAAAGACGUGAGGUUGCAUUUACCAAAUUUGGUCAAGGGAUGGCUUCACUAAUAACACCCUGUGUUUAGUCCCCUCAGUUAUUCAUUAUUUAACUAUUGAUUCAGAAUGAUGUACAGGAAAAAAAGAAAUAAUCAUCUUUCAACUGUACCUAAUGAGAACACCCUCCAGAAACUCACAUAUCUCAUAAAGUCGCAGCCAUUUAUCCAAACCCCCCAAAUAUAUAUAUAUACAUAUCAUGUGAACCCCAACAACAUUUGAGUGAAUACAGAGUACCCUGGCAGUGGAAAACUGGAAGUAGAGGGCAAUUUUAAAUUAACUGCGACCUUUCGGCGUAAGGUGGCCUCCAGUUUUGCGUUUAUGAACGUCUAUGAAGUAGUGAAGCUUUUGAAUGUAACCCCAAAUUUCCGGGGGUUGGAUGAAAAGGAGGAAAUCGUGUCUCCUUGAGUUGACAUAUUAGCUGUGUCGCACACCAAAUGUAUUAUUUCAACGAUAUGUUGAAUCGCUCGUACUCGCAUUAUCAUUCACUCCACAGCAGAUCCACUCUUCUCCACCGAGGUAGGAGUUCGGUUACGUCUCUAAUCCUAAACAUCCCUUUGUCAUAAUUUGACUUUUCACUUUUAUUACUAGACACUGCCCUGCAUGUUUCUUUAAAGUUGGAUACCAAAAAUGUAAAAAUGUUUGAAAUGCUUCCCAAAAAAAUAACUCAUCUUUUGGAUGGUCUCUUCAGUUUCGGCCGUACAGCUGCGUUACCGUUUAAAGGAUGAUGAUUGUAAAGGCUGUGAAGUAUUAAGUACAGUUUUUCUGUAUCAGUUUUUACUUUUUUUUGUGGUGGAUUAAAAGUAAAUUCUUUGUUGCCAAAAUUUAAAAGUAAUGUAUACACUUAAGUAGAAGCUACUUGGCCAUCACAGGUUUACAUGGUGUUUAAAUAAUUGGUAUUCUAUUCUUUGCACACGUGUGUAAUAGAAAACGGAUUUUUGGAACUCUUAUCAUUUUCUGUGAUACUCACUUGUCCUUCGCAGUCACUGGGACAAAGAAGAAUUUCUUGUAGUGUAGAAGCGUAUUGACAGUCGGAGCAUUCUCACUGUGUCUAAGAUUCCCCACAGGAAGGCUGCCUUCGUACUACGUGGCCAUCGCAUUGCGUAUCUCGUCUAAGUGAACUACUCGGUUGACCAACUAGAGCGUUGAGAUGGCUACUAAAUCCAUCCUUCUUUGCUUCCCUCCCCACGAAACUGGAACAGGGAAGACACGGGCGCACAGCACUUGUUUGACAGGCGGGCACGCCUGUUGAAUUUCACAAUUGCAGACGUGCUUAGGGUGUUUUGCAAUGAACUGUUUGAUAGAAACCUCCAGGAUGCCUCCAAGGGAUUUUAAGAACCGACUGUGCUACCAUACAGGGCUGUUCUGGAGCUUGGAAGAGACCCUGAGGAAAGACUGGACGUUUGCUGUGUUUUGGUCAGCUAUUAUUAAGAGUGAUUGAUAACAGGAUAGAGAAUCUGACCAUGAUAAGUAAAAAAAUAACAACCAGGAGCAGGCAAAAAUCAAAAUCAAAGUCAGAAGGACAUAGUGCUUGCUUUUAUUUAUCGACUGUUGUGGAUUAUUAAUAAUAGCCGUUGUCGGUGUGAAGCAAAUCCAAAGCUUGGACACAGUGCUGUGUGUCACCGUCUAAAAUAAAGCAGGAGGCAAGUACUGCAUCACGUGACUUUAGUCUCAUGCCUGGCAAUAGGUGGCGCUAUCAGAAACAAAACGGGUGAAAACCAAGCAUCAUAAUGGAGGUGAUCAUCUCUUAAAAUAUACACAAAAUGGAGCCGAAGUAAUGUUGCCUCUUAUCAGUGUUGAUUAAAAAAAAAAAAAUGUUUAGGACUGAAUAAGAUGGCCACCAAAAGAUCAUGGCGGUAUGUCUGUAGUUUUUCAGGGACAGGUUGCUGUCUGUUGAAUCUCCUCUCAAAUUGUUGAUUGGUUUUUCGUGGUGAAUGCUCCCCUUUUCCUCCAAAAUUGCCUGGAUCAAUAGAUAGCACUCAGGCAGAGGAAAACUUAGAGGAAAGUGGCAGUUUUACUAAGUUAAUUGCGUUCUUUUGCCGCAUGGCAGUCUACGAUUACACAUUUAUGAACAUCUGUGAUGUGGCGAGUCUUUUGAAAGUACCCCCAGAUUUCCUGCCAGUUGGAGGAAAAGAGCAUCUCUUUGAGUUGACAUGUGGACUGUGUGGCACGCCAUACGUGUUACUUAAAAGAUGUGUCUGAUCAGUUGCGUUGACAUUAACAUUGUCCCUGGAAUACACCCUGGAGUUCGAUUACACCUCUAAUCCUAGACAUUCUUCUAUGGCAGUCUGACUUGUCCCAUGAAAAUGUGACUUCUUUUUAAAGUUGGUAGGCAAAAUGUAAAAAAAAAAAAAAAAAUGUCUUAAAUGUUUUGAUGACAACCCCAAAAAGAAGAUGUCUCUCAUCUCCUGGGUGCUCCUUUCAAUUUUGGCCACAUAGUUACCAUGAUAAAGGAUGAUGAUGGUAACGGUUUUCCACUUUCUUUAUCAGACACUGCCCCGCGUAUCUUUUAUAACAUGAAGUAUGAUUUGGCCCUUUUUUUUUUUUUGUAUACCCCUUGGGGUCAGAGCGCAGGGUCAGCCAUUGUACAGCACCCCUGGAACAACUGCAGGUUAAGGGCCCAGCAGAGUAGGAUCUCUUUUUGGCAAUGAUGGGGAUUCGAACCGUCAACCUUCUGGAUACCAGCGUAAUAUGCUCACCCGUAUUGUUUAAGUACAUCACUACAACUUAACUGUACUUUCAAAGCUGUCACUUUGAACUGCCCAGCAGAAUCUGCAAUUUUUAUUUAAUUUUUUUUUUUGUGCAAGGUUCAAGUUCAGUAUUUAUAUCAAAAAGUACAUGGAUCACAUUAAACUAUUGAGAAACCUUUUGGAAUACCAAAUACUAUUGUAAAAUAUUUUAGUAAAACUGUAAUGUGGUAACCUAAGCCACUUCUUCUUCCAGCUGAAUGGCAAUGUGGUCAUCAAUGGUGUUUGGCAACCGGCUCAGGAUUGACCUCUGAUGCCAAGCUAAAAUGCUUCAAUUGACAUUGACAAAAAACGCUGUCACUAUUACCAUCACCCUUAAGCAUCUGAUCACAAAUUGCUAAUUCCGAUUUUUGAAACGCUUACAUCUGCUCCGGUCGGUGUUUGGGGUGACUUCGGAAAUACCACAAAUGAAAGAGCUUAUUAGUAACAUCUGUCAAAUAAUUGUAUGAACUCCCACUUUAUAGCCGUAGACAAUUCAAUGGGACUUUGUUCUACAUCUGUCACUAAUUACCAACUCCAUGAUUUCAUUGGGAAAUUUUGAAAGGACAGUUGACAAAGGGACAUUUGUGGAACUGUGAAAUUUACAACAGAGUCCAGCUGCAGGCAAGAAGCCUCAGACUGAUUCAGCGACCUUAGACAUACUGAGGCCCGUAAGAUGACGCCCCUAUCAGUGGCAUCUAUUUGACUCCGCCCACAUUCCAAGAGCCACGCCCCAUGUUUCGCUGGAGUACUGAUGCCUAUAUUGCAUACCCGUCAAAUCCAUUUCAAUUCCUUUCAGUUCCUGCUCUCAAACUUGUGGAAUCGGUAGUUUAGAGGUCUGUGAAUUCAGCAUUUGUUAAACUUCUAAACUAUUCAGGUCUCUCAGUUCUGCAUCUGAAGCAAAACCACAGAAUGGAUGUCACUUUUGUAAUUGUUUAUAUACAUACAGGGUGAGUCAAAAUUAUGUUAACACUAAUGGUACUGCUAUGGAUAUACUUGUAUAAAAUUUUUUUGGAGAAUUUAUGUGCCACAUAUGGCGAACAGGUUGAGGCAUUCCUGUAAAUCAUCAUUGCAUAUAUGAAGUAUGUUUUGUGAAUAAAUUGUUUCCGCCAUUUAAAUGUUAACAUAAUUUUGACAUAUAUAUAUAUGAGGUGAGAUACAAAAAUAACCAGAUGAAUUGCAGCAUUUUAAACAUCACCUUCUAUAUCCUCCCCCUCCCGAUCUCUACACCGCUGCAUACGUAUCUUCCAUUGAUUGAAACAGCGCUGGAUGUCUUCUUGCUUGAGGCGCUUCAACAGGCUUGACGUUUCUGUCUUCACUUCAUCCAUUGAAGAAAAAUGUGUUCCCUUCAGGUCACUUUUGAUUUUGGGGAACAAGUGAAAAUCACAGGGAGCUAAAUCGGGCAAAUAGGGAGGAUGAUCGAGGACAGGAAUGUUUUUGUCAGUCAAAAACUGCUUUACGGAAAAAGCAGUACGAUCAUUUCGAACAAUCCGAUUCACCGUUUUGAUGUUUUCAUCUGUCUGAGACAAGCGUGGGUGACCCGGGGGUUGAACGCCUUCCACAUUUUCUUGUCCUUCCUUGAAACUUUCAUGCCACUCAAAAACUUGUGUGCGAGACAAACCGUUAUCACCGUACUACAGUUUUUAUCAUUCCAUAAGUUUCAGUGGCCAUUUUGUUCAAUUUCGCAAGAAAUUUGUUGUUGAUUCGCGGUUUGAUUUUUUUUUUCACCCGACAUUAUCUGUAGCGAUUGAUGUGGAAAUACCGACUGGGCUCUUCACAGGAUAUACCGAACCGGUCUGUGGUUUGGGAGGGCGUGUUGGAGGGGAUAGAGUUUUAUGAUUCACGUUCGGCCGACCUCCACGGUUUUUCAAGAAAGCCCAGUCUGGUUAUUUUUGUGUCUCACCUCGUGUGUGUGUGUAUAUAUGUAUAUGUGUAUAUAUAUAUAUAUAUAUAUAUAUAUAUAUACUGAAUCCAGUUAGUAAAUUAUUUAAUUGUGCAGGUAUACAAGAGGUAAAAUAAAUGUCAUCGUGUUCCUCACAUGAAUACAAGGAGGUUCCGGGCCUCAUAGUGUCUGAAGUGCUCGGUUCUGUCAGAGGCCUAAAGCUGUCCUGACUGCAGCUGGAUACUUCUCGAAAUUUAUGCCGUCGAACCUUUUUUUCUCCCUCUUUCUCUGUCUCUCUCUAAACUUAAUCCGCAUUUGCUCAAUUCUGAGAUGAUCCUAAAUAUGACGAAUUUGUAUGCAGUAGAACCAAACGUCCCCAAGUCUGUAUUUUAACACUGCUUUUAAUUUAUAUGAAUAUCCAAAACUUUCUUUCCCCCUUUCUUCUUUUGGUAAUUAAAAUCAGUAGCCGGAUAACAUUUUGGAAAUUCUCUGUUGUUCAGUUGAGGAUUGUGAUCUCAUCUACCCACAGCAGAUAAUGGCUUGCUGCUUUAGGACUGGCUGAGUGACCAAAGAGGUGAUAAUAAAAAUCCUCGAUGGGCGAAAAAUGGCCAGAAAUCGCAGGGAUUGCUCGAUCGAAGUCGACGCACCCAGUGAAACUGGCAGACUGAAUGUGCUGGUUUGGAGGCAAGAAGGCCGUUAGCCUCAGGUAGCUUUAAUGUCCGUUAAGGAUGGCGGGAAGUCUGAAGGUCCAGGAAUGCACGCUGAGCCGAUGUCUUCCACCUCGCUGUGAAUGUACCUUGAGAGGCUGCGAUUAGCUGUUGUGGUGUCUAAUGUGCCAGAAGACCCUGGAAACUGCACUCUGAUCAGAGGUCUUGUCAUCCUGAAGUGGGCAGUUAGGAGGUCGUUGAAAGAGAGGCUUGUAAAUACGUUUUUUUUUUUUUUUUUUUUAUAUAUUUUUAACAAAAUGAGAAAAAAAAAAAAAAAAACUAUGGACGCUUUUCAAAACUGUGUCUGUAUUAAAAUUUGGAGUUUUUUUCUUUGUGUGUGUGUGUGCGUCUUGGCAGUAAUCGAACGCCUUGGUUUGUUUGUCUGUUUGUGUCACACUCCCAGCAAGAAUAGCACCUUCAGGAUGUGCGCACAGCUUUUAUUCAUGGAGCAAUUUGAUUUUUUUUUUUCCCCCCGUUUUAUCCAACCGCGUCCCCAGGCAGGCACUGGAGGAAGCAUGAACAAGACCGGUCGCCCUGCCCCGCCACUAUGGUCGAGACCCAGGCAGAUCAGCGUCUGGGCUUGUAGGACAGGAUGUGAAGUGCUUUUUUUCCAUAUAUGUGUGUGUGUGUAUAUAUAUAUAUAUAUAUAUAUAUAUCUAUAUAUCUAUAUAUAUAUAUAUCUUUUUAAUUUUGCUUGCGCUCCCCCAUGAGAGCGAGAUGCGGAGAGGUGGGGGAGGGGGAGACGGCUGGAUGGACAGGCCUCGCAGCGGUCUGGACUGGUAGCAUCACCUGGGUUUGCUUCACUGACGUGGAGGGGAGGCUCGGCCUCCACUCUGCACGCUUGGCACUGCAGUUUGUACAAAUUCUGUAUGUUCCGUGCUGAAUUAUAUGCAUUCGCUGCCAGCACCUGUAGACUUUAUCCAGACUUAUUAACCGCUGUUUUUAGAGACCACGCGUACCAGAAACGAGAAGGCGGGGGACAGAAACUCCGAUGGCCUGCUCUCCUAGUGACCUGCACACCAUUUCAAACUUAACGGCAAAAAAAAGAAAAAAAGUCUCAUUUCUUCCGAUUUGUCGUCUCUAGGUGUUUGUUUUUAUGCUCAAUGAAAGUUCAUUAAAUUUCCGCACUGACAAAAUUUUAACAGUAUUCACGGAAUGAUGGUCUUUUUUCAGUUUUUUAAUGAAGGGAAAUGUGAGAUGUUGAUUUGGAUUUUGUUUAUCUUCUCAAAACGGUGUGGCUUUAUGGGAAAAAAAAAAAUUCGGUAACAAUUACAGUAUUUGGCUUUUUAUAGCAAAACUGAU